AUGAAGACAGAGCCCCCUCCACGGUGUGAUAUGAAGACAGAGCCCCCUCCACGGUGUGAUAUGAAGACAGAGCCCCCUCCACAGUGUGGUCUGAAGACAGAGCCCCCUCCACAGUGUGAUAUGAAGACAGAGCCCCCUCCACAGUUUGGUCUGAAGACAGAGCCCCCUCCAUGGUGUGGUCUGAAGACAGAGCCCCCUCCACAGUGUGGUCUGAUGACAGAGCCCCCUCCACAGUGUGAUAUGAAGACAGAGCCCCCUCCACGGUGUGGUCUGAUGACAGAGCCCCUCCACAGUGUGACAGAGCCCCCUCCACAGUGUGGUCUGAAGACAGAGCCCCCUCCACAGUGUGAUAUGAAGACAGAGCCCCCUCCACAGUGUGAUAUGAAGACAGAGCCCCCUCCAUGGUGUGGUCUGAAGACAGAGCCCCCUCCACAGUGUGGUCUGAUGACAGAGCCCCCUCCACAGUGUGAUAUGAAGACAGAGCCCCCUCCACGGUGUGGUCUGAUGACAGAGCCCCUCCACAGUGUGACAGAGCCCCCUCCACGGUGUGGUCUGAAGACAGAGCCCCCUCCACAGUGUGAUAUGAAGACAGAGCCCCCUCCACAGUGUGAUAUGAAGACAGAGCCCCCUCCACGGUGUGGUCUGAAGACAGAGCCCCCUCCACGGUGUGGUCUGAAAACAGAGCCCCCCUCCACAGUGUGGUCUGAAGACAGAGCCCCUCCACGGUGUGAUCUGAAGACAGAGCCCCCUCCACAGUGUGGUCUGAAGACAGAGCCCCCUCCACAGUAUGGUCUGAAGACAGAGCCCCUCCACGGUGUGGUCUGA